UCCUGGUGACAUCAAGAACUUAGCACAGCUUACAGAGCUGUCUCCCAACCUUUAUCUGAGAGUCCAGGUGUUGAGAAAGUCCAUGAGACAGAAGAACGUCAAGGAACAUUUUCAGAGGAGCCCUAUCCAGGUGAAAAGCCAGACAGCUGUUGCCAGCUUCACAACAACCAUGGGAGACCAUGCUGGUGGUGAUCAGGUGAAGGAGAAUCUGCUUCAGCUGAGGUGUCACUUCACAUGGGGACUGCUGAUUGAAGAUGUUGACUUACCUGAUUUGGAAAUGAGAAUCCAGGAAGAGGUUGAGUUCCUAGACAUCAAGAACCCAGCAGGGAUGCACAACCUGCUGGCCUAUGUGAGGCACCUGAAAGGCCAGCAUGAGGAAACCCUGGAGAGCGUGAAAGAAGCAGAAGCCCUGACCCAGAAGGAGAAGCUGGACAAGAGAAGCCUGGUGACCUGGGGCAACUGUGCCUGGGUGCAUUACAACAUGGGCAGCUUGUCAGAAGCUCAGGCCUACCUGGACAAGGUGGAGAACAUUUGCAAGGAAUUUGCAAGUCCCUUCAGCUACAGGAUGGAGUGUGCUGAGAUGGACUGUGAGGAAGGCUGGGCCUUGCUGAAAUGUGGUGCACAGAAUUAUAGACAAGCCAUGGCCUGCUUUGCAAAGGCUCUGGAAUUGGAGCCUGAAAAUCCUGAAUACAACACUGGCUUUGCUGUUGCAGCCUAUCGUGAAGACUUCAACAACAAUAAUACUUCUCUAGAACCCCUCAGGAAGGCUGUCAGCUUAAAUCCAGAAGAUCCAUAUCUUAAAGUUUAUCUUGCCCUGAAGCUUCAGGAUGUGGGAGAAACACCUGAAGCAGAAACACACAUUGAAGACGCCCUCAGCAGCGCAUCCUGCCAAACAUAUGUCUUUCGCUAUUCAGCCCAGUAUUACUGUAGGAAAGGCUGCAUAGACAAGGCUCUCCAGCUCCUACACAGGGCUUUGCAGGCAUCACCUGACUCUGGCUACCUGCAUUACCAAGUAGGGCUCUGCUACAGGCAACAAAUGAUCCAACUGAAGAGAUCCAGAAACAGGCAACCCAGAAAGCAGUGCAAUUUGCAGGAAUUGGCAACAACGGCCAUUUAUGAAUUUCAAAGGACAGUGGAACUGAGGCCCACACUUGAGAUGGCUUAUGUUUGCAUGGCUGAAGCACAGGCAGAAAUUCACGAAUAUGAAAAAGCAGAGGCAAACUUCCAGAAGGCACUGAACAUGAGGAACCUUGAUUGUCACAUAGAGCAGGAUGUUCAUUUCCGCUAUGGCCGUUUCCAACAAUUUCAUCAGAAAUCAGAAGACAAGGCGAUCACCCACUACUUAAAGGGUCUAAAGAUAGAAGAAUCAUCCUUUGCCCAGACAAAACUUCUCACAGCUUUGGAGAAAGUGGCUGAAAGACGUGUUGACCAUGAGGAGCAACUUGUGGAGAGCCUCGGCCUCCUUGGGUUAGUCCACAAACUGAAAGGGAACAUGCAGGAGGCCCUGCUGUGCUAUGAGAGGGCUCUGAGGCUCACUGGGGAAAUAAACCCUGAAUUUUGAAUGCAACUCAGCUCUGUGAAGUUAAUGUAGGCGUCACUGAGGCUUCCUGCUCUCCUUCCUGAUAGCUUUGUCUAGAACUGCAUAGCUUGCUGAAAUGCCAAGUUCUAAAUGUGUUAGCUCCUGCCACCUCUGUCUCACCUCUCACUGUCAUUGAUGGGUCUAAAAGGAAACAUCCAUCCCCCUCACUUCUAGUCACUUCAUGACCAGGACUGACUCCUCCUCUUCUGGAGUCCUGUGACUCCAUGUUUUUUUCUCAUGUCUGUGCCUGAGGUAGGAAAGUGUCCCAUCCUCUUCCUGCCAGUGUGCUGGACAAAGAAACUCUCUCCAAGAAGGUUUCACUUUAGAACACCAGAAACUCUUAACUACAGUACAAUCUCAGAGCAAAACAAAUGAGCAACAGGGAAAGUUUGAAAGCAGGAGAUGUCUCACAUUAUUGGGCACUUAGUAACCAAGCAGACUCUUUAGCUUUAGAGAAAUAGAAGGAAGGCCUUUCUUAGGUUGCUUAUACCGAAAAUUACCUAAAUAACUUUACUCAAUAUUUGUAUGCUAAAAAUAUUCAGUCAAAGCAACUUCAAUAACAAAUUUGCUAUAUCUUGUUGGUGACAUUUUAAAAGAUGAAAUUGCAUGUUUGCAUAGUAUCUUGUUUUCUUUUAUUCUCAGCUUGAAACAUCCCGAGGUCAUCUGGAAAGAUCUGCCCCCAUCAGACUGGCUUAUGGGCAUAUUGUGGCUUUUUUGUUUUUGUUUUUGUUUUUAAUUCUUACCUGUUCUAGGACACAGUCGACUCUGGUAAGUUUCAUCCCUAGGCUGGUCAACUUGACCUGUAUAAGAUAUCUAGCUGUGCAUUUUGCAGUAAGUAAACCAGCAAGCAGAAUUCCUUCAUGAUUCCUUCUCAGUUUCCUGCCUUGACUUCUUGUUCUGAGUUUCUUCAGUGAUGGAUUGUUAUCUUUAAGUGUAACUCAAAUAAACAUUUUUCCCCAA